UGGCUCACAGAAGGCGUCGAGAUGAGUGAGAGUGAGGCGUUGUGCUCGUUUCCGGAAUUGCAUUGGACAGAGUUAGUGUCCAGCGGGAUAGUCGUGCUUUAGACUGUCAUCUGGAAGUGGUGGCCGCGCGGUGACGAUGCCCGCAGGUUUGUUUUAAUCUAGAAAUGGUGAGCAGUCAGCCUGUCCCAUUUGAUGAUGGAGGAAAAAGGAGAAAGAAGAAGCGCAAGACUAGAGCAAUGGAGAGCUUUACUGGGAAGUUUGCAGAUCUGUACAGACUGACUGACGAGCUACUUGGAGAGGGAGCUUAUGCUAAAGUUCAAGGCUGUGUCAGUUUACAGAAUGGAAAAGAUUACGCUGUCAAGAUAGUUGAAAAGAAGGCUGGGCACAGUCGCAGUAGAGUAUUUCGAGAAGUGGAAACGCUGUACCAGUGCCAAGGCAACAAGAACAUUUUGGAGUUAAUAGAAUUCUGUGAAGAUGAUGCUCGCUUUUAUCUAGUCUUUGAAAAGCUACUAGGAGGAUCAAUACUUUCCCAUAUUCAAAAGAGGAAACACUUUAAUGAAAGAGAGGCCAGUAAAGUGGUUAAGGAUAUUGCAUCUGCCCUUGAUUUCCUUCAUACAAAAGGUAUUGCUCAUCGUGACUUAAAACCAGAAAACAUAUUGUGUGAAUUUAAAGAUAAGGUGUCGCCUGUGAAAAUCUGUGACUUUGAUCUUGGAAGCGGUGUAAAACUAAACAGUGCAUGUACCACUAUAACUACUCCUGAGUUAACAACACCGUGUGGAUCAGCAGAGUACAUGGCUCCAGAAGUGGUGGAAGUUUUCACUGAGGAAGCUACUUUUUAUGACAAGCGCUGUGAUUUGUGGAGUCUGGGAGUGAUUUUAUACAUAAUGCUGAGCGGGUAUCCUCCUUUUGUGGGCAACUGUGGGACAGACUGUGGCUGGGACCGAGGGGAAGUGUGCAGAGUGUGCCAGAACAAGCUGUUUGAAAGUAUCCAAGAGGGCAAGUAUGAAUUUCCAGAAAAGGACUGGUCCCAUAUCUCUAUCUCAGCAAAAGAUUUGAUCUCCAAGCUUCUUGUUCGUGAUGCUAAAGAGCGACUGAGCGCUUUUCAGGUUCUGCAGCAUCCAUGGUUGCAAGGGGAUGCUCCAGAGCGAGGACUGCCCACCCCACUGGUGCUUCAGAGAAACAGCAGCACAAAGGACCUGACUAUCUUUGCAGCAGAAGCAAUUGCCUUUAACCGCCAGCUCUCACAGCAUGACAAUGAUCUGAAUGAGGAGGAUGAAAGCUUCAUCCAUGCAGUCUGCUCCAUGAGGCUCUCUCCACCAUCAAAAUCUCGACUUGCAAAGCGUCGAGCCCAGGCCCAUGCACGUAAAGGUGGCUCCCAUCCUACUCAUAGUACUGUGACAGCAAGCCAAGGGACGCCCUAACAUUGUUUUGCCACCUUUUCCUGUUUGGAGUAGGAAAUUAGUUUUUGUGAUCUGUACUGUCACUUUAAAAUGUAUUCUGAUUUUAAAGAGCACUUUAAGCAAGUGAAUUUUAUUUGUUUUGCUGAAAUAGUGCUUCCUUUUUUUUUUUAAUCUCAGGUGCAAAUUUAGCUGCAAUAAAUGUGAAAUCCUCUCUGGAAGUGAAAGAGGUUAUUACAAAAUCUGGUUAAAUAACUGUGACAUUUAACUCUGUUUGUGUGUUUCUCUGUUUCAUGUGAAAAGAUUUAGUUUUACAAUUUCAUUUUAUUAUGUUUUAUAUGGAGCUCUGAGCAUUCCCAGAACAGAACAGAUUCCAAAAAGAAAAGUACGAACAAUAACAGAAUAUUUAAUAAUAAUAUUCACUGGCUAUUUAUUAAUAUACAAAACAGCCGUGUACUUAACAUAACUGCCUCAUUUGUUAAUUUUAAAAAUUGUCUUUUUUUUUUUUUGUGUGUGUCUUACAAAAUAUGUAUUUUUACAUGUAUUUUCUAUUUAAUUUCUGUGUGUACUUUAAUACUAUAGCGUUAUAUAUUUUUGUUUCAUAUCAAAAUGUUGAAAACAUAAAGAAGUACUGCUAUAUUUUUACCAAUUUGAUAACCUUAUUAUUUUUAUAUGGGGAAUGCACAAUAAGUUUUGUAUAAAGCUAGAACUGUAAAUGAUUAUGUAACUGCCUUGUCACAUUAACUGUAGCAAUGUGACAAGUUGUUGAUUAAUCUUAUUGACAACUUUGUGUUUACUCCGGAAGAGCAUGGAAAUGUUGUUGGCGUGUCAAUGUUAUUUAAUACAAAGAAAUAAAUGUACCUAAUUUUUAAGUUUUA